CGAAGUGCGGGGCAAAAUGUGGGGAACUUGCGGGGAGAAGCAUCGCAUCGGCGCUCUUUGGGCUGUUGUGGCUUCCGAGCCAGCAGCUUAUCGGCUCAAUUGGCAACGACCUCGAGAAGAUGCAGUAAUUCUGUCCGAUUAGAGUCCUGCUGAAAAGGCAACUCCCUCCGAUAAUGCCCUUGGGCAACGCCUCUAGACCCUGUCCGUGAUGGCGACGCUGAUGAGGCCAUGCAAGUAUUUAUAUCGCUCUUGAAAAUGCGGUCGAUGGCGCCGACAAAGGGCAUUGUUUUCCCAUCUGCAGUCCAUCACCCACCAUGCCUCACGCCGCAUCCCCCGAACGCAACACCAACUGGCCUGGAGCCAAGCUGUUCGUGAACGAUGGACCACUCGAGCCGCACCAGAUGGCCCCGCUCAGGCCCUCAUAUCCAGACGAGCCCGUCGAAGAGCUGCGCAGGCGAUGGAGGGAGGAUGGCUACGUCUUCCUGAAGGGCCUGCUCCCGCGCGAUGACGUGCUCAAGUGCCGCGAGAACUACUUCAAGUUCCUGGCACCCAGUGGCGUCCUCAAGCCCGGCACCAAGCCCGUCGAGGGCGUCUUCGACUCGGCCAAAGACAAGGCCGACUACCCUGGAAUUGGCGCUGGCGCCACGCCGGGCAACGCAAAGCCCGGGGAAGAGACUGCCGCUAAUUUUGUCGACCUCGCAAUGAAGGCGCACUCGGAACCCUGGUACGCCGUAGACUUCUGCAAGCACCCAGUCUUGAAGAACUUUGUUGCAAAGUUGAUGGGUUGGGGAGAGCACACGCUGCCGCUGCAGCGCACGUUGCUCCGGAACAACACGCCCGGUAACAAGGCAAUCGGAGUGCACUACGAUCAUAUAUUCUUGAGGCACGGCGAGCCGACGUCCGUGACCGCAUGGGUGCCCAUAGGGGACAUUAGCAUCCAGGGCGGCGGCUUGGUCUAUAUGGAAAAAGGACAUGAUCUCGGAGAGAAGAUUGAAAACGAAUUUACCGAAAGGGCAAAGAGCUCUGGACUGUCCGAGGAGGAGGCAAAAUACGCUUUUAACCAGAACAUGAUGGCGACGGGAUUCCUCGCCGAGGGCCCGAAGGGAUUUGGCGAAGAGCACAACAGCCGGUGGUUGUUGACGGCGUACGAAGCGGGCGACGUUGUGCUGCACCAGGCUCACAUGAUUCAUGCAUCGACAAUCAACCACGACCCCGACAACGUGAUCCGGCUCGGCACAGACCUGCGCUUCGUGGACUCGUCUCGCCCUUACGACUCGAGGUGGCAGAAGGUUUUUGAGUUCAGCGACGGGCUAUGAGCCUGUGAUGGGCAUUCCGUAGCGGGGCAUGCGGGGAUUGAAGACGAAUGGAAGCGUCUCGAUAUUAUCAUAUAGCUCAAUUGAUAAGCGUCUUGGCCGAUUCGCCAGGUGCAGAUCGAUGUCGGUGUUGUUGCUGUGCCUGUGUGGUGACAGCGUUUCUCCAGCUCUUCCCCGACGCUGCACGGUUCAGCGAAGGGCGAUCUCUGAUAUAUGGCAUUGACAAGGCAAGAUGGAUGCAGGGCGUUUUUGUU